CUGAAGCUCCCUCUACUCUGCACUGCACCUCUACCCGGCCUCCUCUCCAUCGUGCAUUCCCACCCCGUGGAUUCCCUGGCACUGUUGGGAGCGAGUGGUCACUGGGAGGCCAUCGGGGGCUUCAAGGCCGUGCUGCGGUGCCAGCGGCAGUACAACCCUGACACACCCACCUCUCCUCUCCCCUCAGACCCAACGCUCUCCUAUUCCUCCACAUCCCCCCUCCCUCCCCACCCACUUCGCCCAUCCCCCUCCCUCUCCCCUCCCUCUCCCCUCCCUCUCCUCCCUCUCCCCUCCCCCCCUCCCGUGCACCCACCGGCGCAGGCACUGCUGGAAGCGGGGCGGUGUGGGGAGGCGGUGGGGGAGCUACAGGCGGUGGUGGCGGCGCAGGGGCAGUACUGGCAGGUGCGCGUGGUGCUGGGACAGGCGCUCAUGGUGGCGGGGCACGUGCACGACACUGAUGCCACCUUGCAGGCCAUGGACGCACGUGCUUGCAACCCCCCAAUCUCCCACACUCACAUGCUCGCAUGUCUCCAUGCGCCCGACACAUGCCUGCCUCCCACACCACUCGCCAUCCCUCACAGUGCCCUCCCACAUGCCAUUUCCACUGUGGUAUCCCCCACCAUGCUUAUCCCACACCCACAGCACCCCAGCUCCUUGCUGCCCUCUGCUGCCAAUCUUGCACUCCCAACUUUGCCCAUCCAUCUGCCCCCGCCCACCACACCCCCUCGCCUUUUCCUCUGCGCUCUCCCAUCCCACUCGUGUGUACCUGCCUGUGCUGCCAUGACAGCCUUUCUCCCUAUCCCUCCCCCACACCACCACUAUGACCACCGCCAACUCCCAUGCUGGAAGCAUGGAACAAGCGCUAACGCCCUCUGUGCUCUUUUCCAGCUAAGAGCUAUGGGCGCAGGAUGCAGCAGGGGAGGGCGAGGGGGGGUGGGAGGGAGCAGCAGUGCUGUCGCCCGCUGUGCUGCAGCUGGUGGGGGCGCCCUCACAGCAUAUGACUGGCACGGGUUCCUGCCCAACAUGCGCAGGGAGGGUGCUGGGGGCGAGGGGGUAAUGAUGGGAGGGAGGUGGUGA